AUGGUGCUAAGAAUGUCUAGACUCAAUGAUGAUGCCGACUACGAUCCCGGAGAAACGUCUGGGAAUGUUCUACGUCCACGGUCCUACUCUGGAAAUGAUAAUGCAUACAAUGGACUCCGAACUAGGUGCGUUUUUCUAAGUCUUCCUACUAAUGUUACCAAGUUGGAAAAUAAGGUCAAACAACUUGUAUCAACGAAAGGAGACUGUGACCACACAAAAGGCCACACCAUCUUGGUCUUCAUACCUUCGACUAAACCAAAUGUAAGUCUAUUACAAGAAUGUAGGAUAGUUAGAAGUGGGUUGACUUCGUUGUCGCAACUUGGUCUUGUAGUCAGGGCGACGCAUCUAGUCCGAUGUCCUCUGUCAUAG